AAGUAAGUUUUGCCAGCGUCAGUGUCGAUGUAAACUUCGGAUGUGUGCGUGUCUGUCUGUGGAGGAGCGUGUACUGUAAAUGAACAUGGCCCCCAUUGGUAUCCUCUUCUUUAUUUUCACUGUCAUAUGUGUCAGAGCAAAGGAAGUUCUUUUUACCGUGCAAUGCAAGACUGAAAGCGUUGGACAGUAUGGCCAGCAGUCACUGCUGGAGUGUUGGGUCCAAGCUGCCAACGGGGCAACAGAUGCAGGAAUCAAAGCCAUCUCUUGGAGGAAAGAGGGGUUGGAGGGGCCCUUAAUGUUUUUUAAACAAGGGAAAGUUAAUACGAAUCCAGACUACCAACUUGCUGAGCCGCCCUUGAACAAGAAGCACACGAACGUGUCCCUGCUCAUCGCCAACACUACGAUGGAAAAUGCUGGAGCUUACACGUGCAUGGUGAUAACGAACAGUGGCGAUGCUGUGGGGGACAUCAACCUCAAAGUCACAGCCAAAUACAGUAAACCAACUAUACGCUCCGACCCUAAAGAGAUUACCGUAAAAAGAGAUGGCGUCCUGACAUGUGAAUCGCACGGUGGCUACCCAAAAGGGGAGAUUCGCUGGAUUGUGGAGCAUGACACGGAGUGGACCGAAGUCUCUAAAAUGGAGGAAAAAUUAGACAAGAGGGGUCUGUUUCACCUGUCCAGCAAGCUGCCUCUGCUGCGAGGAUCCAUUUUCUCCAAGUAUACCUGUGCGGUGUAUAGUGCCAGUGGCAGCAGAGAGGCAGAGGCCAUAUUUGUAGUAGAAGACAUACCAAGCCUAGGAACCCAAGGACGAGAGAAAGAGUUUGAUGCAGCCUCCAAAAUCAUCGCUCCUGUGGUGGUUAUUGGAUCACUGAUCGUUGGAUUGUUGGUGGCCCUGCUGUUUCUUCGACGCCGACGUCAGAAUGCUCGGAGACAAUCCAAAGCAGCCAUUUUGGGUGGCCAUUUGAGAAGCGAUCCAGGCGAGGAGGAGGGUCUGGAUACAAUCGACAACAGCUUCCAGAUGUGAGGAAACACUUCAUGUUCACAUAACUUACUGUCAGCUUCUGAAAUCAUCACUUCCUUGUGUGCUCACUGAACAAUAUAACCAGAGAUAACUUGUAUCAUUACUGUGAUUCAUCAAAGCACAUCUUCAUUUACCCAUUAUCUCCUAUAACACUUUGAAAAUCAAGUCUGAAUCUAAUACAGGAGUGCAAAUGUCAGGUAAAAAGAGCAAUAUCAUAAUGUGAGGUUGUUGGACAUCUGGGUCAGUGCUGGUCGGUGACACAAUGCACCUUUUAGGUAAAGGUCAGGGUUAGGCAUUUAGUUGAGAUGGUUAAGGAUAGGAUAAGUGGCUAGGGAAUUCAUUAUAUCAACAAGUGCCCUCACAACUAUAGAGAGAUGUGCGUGUGUGUGUAUUCUGUCAAAAUGAAACUAAUGUAACUUUCUGUUAUGAUGGCACACAUUUUGACUUUUGCUUUUAUUAUCCACAUGACUCAAUGUGUGUGUGUGUGUUAUACCAUAUUUCUUUCUUAAUGAAAGCAAAUGUAACAAAUCAGAUGAAAAAAUAACACUGUGUUUGUAAGGCUGUUUUCAGACCUAAACUUCAGAAAAGGAAUUUGUAUUUCACAUAUGAAGAAUGCAGUGGGAGGAUCUCUGAGUCAGAAGCAUUUAUAAGAACAGGAUAAUGUGCAGGACAAUCAGGCGAGGGGUGUUGUCUGGGUAGAUCGAGUAGGAGGCAGAGUAUGAUAUAAAUUCAGGUAAAUCACAAGAAAUGAUUACUCUUAAAUUACAUAUUUUCAGAUUUAUAUUUCCAUGACAUUUAAAAAUAUGUAGCAUAUAACUUUAUAUAGAAAUGUAUAACAAGUUUUGGGGUCUUAGGUCUGUCUGAUUUUAUUUGCAUGUGUAUGAGAAAAUUCAACCCUUGCAAAUUUCAUAUCCUCAUUCUAGCCACUGAGAAAGUACCACACUAAAAGACCAGUUGUACCAGAAGUCACAUGAUUUCACUCUCUGGCUACUGUGGGAUUGUAAACAAUGUAUUUGUUUGACUAACUGUGAUAACUGCUCGUGUUAUGUUUGGCAGUAAUUGGCAGCUUAGCUUCACCCUCUCAGACAGGUAUUCAGUUUCAUUUUUCAUGUGACUUAAGAUAAGGUGCAACCAGUAAACUUAACAACCUGUGACCUGUGAUUCUUUGGGUCAAUUGUUAACUUGUAGGAGAGAAAAACAAGACCCGUAUGAACUUUGAAUAUCGCUUCAAUUUUCACAUUCUGGCAAUUUAAAUAAAAACAUGUGUGUCAGGAUAAAAAUAAAAGCUAUGAUAGGACCGUGCACUUUUCCUUUGAUAAACAUGAAGUUCAUGAACUGUGUGAAGUAUGAUCUUUUAAUGUGACUUAAAUAAACACUGAACGGAAAAAUG